UAAUAUUUACUAUAAUAAAGACGAGAAUCAUAACAAGAGAUUAGUGGGAUAAAGGCGUUAUAAUUUCCCCAGUUUCGUUAUUUUCACAAAUUCUAGUGCUACGUGAAAACAAGUCUUUAAUGAAAUGUACGGACUAUAAUCGAAAAAUUUGUUGCGUCGAUACGCACGCGCUAUUAUUUGUCAUCGUUUUAUCGCGAACUAUCAAAAAAUUUGUUCUUAAUGUUUUCGUGUUUUUGUAGGUAAACUUAGUUACUUAUAAAUGUAUUUUAAUUAAAGACAUCAGUUUUUGUGAAUAACGGUGAAAGGUUAAGAGGAAGAAAAUGGUGUUGAAUGAUUGUCCGGAUCCAGAAGUAAUUGGUUGUGGAUUCAGUGCUUUUAAGGAAAUUGAUGAAGUGACUUCUCUGAUUGCGGAACUGAAAAAAGUUGAUCUUUCGUCGAGCCUUAUUGAAAAAAAUCGGGAUCGAUUUAAUUUCAUUCUGUCACAAUAUCAAGAUCAAAGACAAUUGUUGGAUCCUUAUUUGGAUGAUAUUCUGCAGCCAUUGAUUUGUAUCAUUAAAGAUGAAAAUUCUACAGAAAGUAUGCAACAUAAUGCUUUCAAAUACAUUUUCAUCGUUAUGUCUGUCAAAACGUACAAGAACAUCGUUACGUAUUUACCACACGAGGUAGCAGAUCUCCUUCCUGUUUUGCGAAUGUUGGAAAAACAAGAUCCGAAUGACGUGGAGACAUGGGAGACUAGAUACGUACUUUUAAUUUGGCUUUCUAUAAUAUCGAAAAUACCAUUUCCACUGUCGCGUUUAGAAAUUACAGAUGUUAAUUCAGAACAGUCAAUAGUAGUCAGAAUUUUAAAAAUAUGCAAAUUAUUUUGUUUAUCAAAAGAUGCUUGCGCUGUAGCUGCGGUAUUUUUAAUUGCCAAUUUCUUAACAAGAUCGGAUGUUAAAAAAUUAUAUUUGAAAGAAAUGAUAAUGUGGUGUUUGCAAUGUGUGGAGAACGAUCCUUUGAGGCACGGUCCUCUAGCGGUUAUAGCUGCAAUAUUAAAACAUACUGCGAGGGAAGAUGUUAAACCACACACUCAAGUGAUUUUGGAUAAAGUUUUACAGUUCCAUUUAAAUAAUAAUCCUGCUGAUCUUAUCAGGAAAUUUGGGAUAAAAAUUGUACAAAGAAUCGGAUUAGUGUUAUUAGGAACGAAACUGGCAUCGUGGAGAUAUCAAAGAAUGAAUAGAUCUAUAUGUUUAUUGCUUAACGAUAAGCAGAUUAAUGCUGUAAAAAAUUUGGAAAAGUCUAAAGAGGUUUCGACUAAUAACGAUGAUCAGGAUAUUCCAUUAGCGAUAGAGGAUAUUAUCGAGCAACUUAUACAAGGUCUUAGGGAUAAAGCAAUUACGAUACGGUGGUCUGCCGCGAAAGGGUUGGGAAGAAUAACAGCAAGGCUACCAAUGGAACUAGCAGAUGAUGUAGUAGGAUUUGUGCUGAAUCUUUUUUCUGGUCGGGAAUCAGAUUCUGCUUGGCACGGUGGUUGUUUGGCGUUAGCAGAAUUAGGUAGACGCGGGCUCUUGUUGCCUCAUCGUUUACCCGACGUAAUACCAGUAGUUCUUCAGGCUUUAGUAUUCGAUGAACCAAGAGCGUACGGGUCGAUUGGUUAUUUAAUCAGAGAUGCUGCGUGUUAUAUUUGUUGGUCAUUUCCAAGAGCGUACGAUCCCGAUAUCUUUCAACCGUAUGUAAAAGAAAUUGCAGCUAUGUUGUUGGUUGUUGCUUGCUUCGAUAGAGAGAUUAAUUGUAGAAGAGCUGCUUCGGCGGCGUUCCAAGAGAACGUCGGUAGGCAAGGAAACUUUCCACACGGAAUAGAGAUAUUAACUAUUGCCGAUUAUUUUGAAGUUGGCGUUAGAAAUCAUUCGUACUUAAAAAUCAGCGCACAAAUUGCUCAGUAUGACGAGUACAGGAAACCUCUUAUCGACCAUGUGGUUGCACGAAAAGUUACGCAUUGGGAUACAGCGAUCAGAGAACUAUCGGCCAAAACGCUCUUUAAUCUAACAUCGGCUGCUCCAAAUUAUAUUAAGGAUACAGUUUUACCACAGUUAUUAGAUAUGUUGAAUUCUAUGGAUUUGAACAUUAGACACGGCGCGGUAGUAGCAAUCGCAGAAAUUCUAGAAGCAUUACACAACAGUUAUAACGAAAAAAUUGAAAAUAUACUCCAACCAACAGCCAUGGAAAGUAUAAGAAAUAUAGUGAAUACUUUUCGGAAAAGGGGGCAGUUCAAAGGUCUAGGAGGAGAAUUAAUGAAGCAAGCUUGCGCAGUAUUAAUAAAAAAAUGCUCCAUUGUUCAUUUUCCAGUCUCCAUAGAAAUUAUAUAUGACUGGCAAAAUCUCUUAGAAGAAUGUUUGGCACACGAAGUGUCUGUAGUAAGAACAAAAGCAGCAGAGGCACACACAGAAUUUUUUUUAAAAUACUAUGCCAACAUAGAUAGCGAUUAUCAUAGGAUUGUUAUUAAUCGUUAUCUCGAUAAUUUGCAAUCGAGUAAUCAACUCGUUCGAAUAGGUUUUGCACAAGCCAUAGGAUACUUUCCUUUAUUUAUAAUUUGUGAAAGAGAAACAGAUGUGAUAAAGGCUCUCAUUAAAUGUACUGAAAUAUCAGAAAAUACUCUGAAAUGGGCAGAGAGUAGGAAAGAAGCUAUCCAUGCAUUAAUAAUGGUAUGUGAAACUUUGGGAGUGAAAGAAGCAGAUAAAUGGCAAGUAUUUGUGCACGAUUUGUAUAAUUGUUAUUUACUGUCGUUGAAAGAAUAUACAGUAGAUAGUCGUGGAGAUAUAGGAGCAUGGGUGCGAGAAGCAGCAAUGACUGGUUUACAUAUGUUAACAAAUUUAGUGUUUCAAGCGAAAUUGACGUCCGUAUUGAACGAAGAGUUAAUGACAAAUAUAAUAGGAGGAAUUGCACAACAAGCUGUAGAAAGAAUCGACGGGAUCCGAGCGCAAGCAGGAACCGUCUUCAGCACUCUCAUUCACAAUGAUCCCCCGCUACCAAACAUUCCAUAUCUUGCUGAAUUAAAAAGUAUCUUCCCUUAUGACGAGUGUAAAGAAAACAUAGAAUGGCGAAUGGAAUCCAUUACUUUCCCACGGUUUAUUAAAAUGUUAUCUUAUCCUCCUUAUACAAUGAACCUUCUGCGGGGAAUUGUAUUCAGCGUCGGUGGUUUAAGCGAAUCUCUGGUUAAACACUCUAGCGUCUCUUUAUUUUCUUAUUUACAAGAAAUAGACGAACAAGGUCUUACAAAUUUGUGUUACAAAAUUUUGAAUAUUUUCGAGGAAAGUCACAAAAACGAAAGAAUGAUUACAUCGAUGUUAGCAUUUUUGGAUCGCUUGCUUAGCUCCGGAUGUAUUCAAAUUGUUCUCGAUGAUUCGAAGAACGGGGUUUCGGAAAAAAUUUUAAUGUUACUUAAACACGAAAUAAAAAAUACAAGUAACACGAAGUUGUUAAUCAUCAGUAUAAACGUCUUCUGUCAGCUCUUGCAGGUACGGGGUCCAGUCGCAAAGCGAGCGUUUUGUCAAUUGAGUAUUUUUCUUUGCCAUAAGUAUAAGUGUAUACGUAAAGUAGCAGCAACGAAAACGUACGAAGCUUUAACUCUUUACGGGGAAGAGAUCGAUCUUCCCGAACAAGACUUAGUUAAAAUUUUAACGGAAUUAAAUGUCACUGAUUGGGAACGAUCGGUAUCUGAACUUCGACCAAUAAGAAAUCGCCUUUGUGACUUGAUGGGGGUAUCUACUCCGAUUUUACAAAACACGACCGUGAACUGAAUUUCAUCUUCUUUUCUGAUAAAUUGAACUACUUUCAGAAUUGUCAGCACAAAUAUGCCAGACAUUUAAAAAUCCCCACGAAAUGUGUAUAGUGAAUAUUUAAAAACAAAAAGCAAAUAAGAGCAAAAAUGACGAGAAUUGAAAAAGAUGC